AUGACGGCAGGAAGUCUCGAUCAGUACCGAGAGAAUGUGGAAAGCGAAAGCCAACACAAGCUGGACGAGGUUGAGAGAAAUUUGGUUGGCGGCAUCAAGGAACUCACUGUCAACAUUGAAACACGGUUCCGCAGAUUGGCCGAGAUCGAAGAGCCUUUGCAAAGACCUUUCGUUGCAGAAGCAUUGAGCAAGAUCCCACCCGCCACGAAUCCCGACCAGGCCCAUAACGACGAAGUCCUGCUCAAAGACCGCAUUUCGGAGUUUCGUGCGUUGCGGGAAGAGAAAGAGGAUGUCUUGUGCAGGCUAUGGAACGAAUGGGAAGAUAUCCAAUUCGAUCUGCUGGGACUGGCCGCGGAGGCCCUCGGUAAGCAGUCGAUCCAAGUCGCUCAGCUUCAAAAUAGUGCCAUGAAGCCAGGCCAGCGUGAAAGGCUUGAGAAAACAAUCGACUCCGCUCAAAAGAUCCACGAGGAGAUUGAUCAUCGCCAUACAGGACUGGGGCAGGAUCUGACAGACUUCGAAGAGGCCAUGGGCCAAAUCUCGAACAGAACUGAAAAGGCGGCCACCGACCUGCAGCAACAAUACAAUGUGCAAAAGAACAAGCUAUUCAAGGGCCUCAUGCACUCCAUCGAGCAGCUUGCAGCAUUGUGA